CCGCUCCCCCCGCCCUCCCAGCAUGUCCGCCAUUCCUUCCCUGCUUGCCAAGGGCGCCGACCCCAAGCGCCCGGAGCUGGCCGUCCCCUUCUCCAUCCCCCUGCCGGCUGGCAUCUACACCGACUCGGCCCAGGCGACCGAGAUCUAUGAGACCCGCGGGGCCAACGGCCUGGAUUCCUGGGGCCUGCUGUCCAUGCUGUUCAGCAUGUUCGCUGUGAUGCUGCGCUACCGCUACGCGGCCUGGGCCUCGCUCCUGGCCACCGCCGUCGGCCAUGCCAAUCGCGCGACCCUCAACGGCAAGGGCGGCUCCGCCGAGAAGCCCGCCUCGAUGAACCUCAUGUUCACCCUGAUGGGCUUCAUGAUGACAUACAUGCCGCUGCUGACCGGGCAGAAGAAGUAGGCAUGCGCCGUCCCCCCUGACCUGCGGGGCUGGCGGGAAAGUUCCCCGCCCCUCCCCCCUCUG